AUGAGGUGGACAGUGCCAGUGCAGGAAUUGUGCAUGCAUGUCAGAACUCUCACAGUGCUUAAGAUCAAGAAUACUGGGAGUAACAGAUUGCAUGUGGCAAUGCCUCAAAUAAAAACAAAGCAAGGAGACCCAUACAGUUUGUAUUUAAGUGUUGUUUCCAGAUAUGAAUGCCCAUUCUCAGCCAGCAGAGAAGCAUCUGUGUUUACAAAGUUGGGGCAGGGAAGAGAGAAAAAAGCCAUGCAUUUUACUGUCUGCACAAUUGUUUUUAAUUUGUAUAUUUGUGGGAUGAUUUUUAUUUUUGAACCAUCUGUGUCCUAA